UUGGCAGCUGGGGACAACGCAGGCAACAGCUGAACAAAGGUCCUCCAGCUCGUCGGAAAGCACCAAGGGAACGGCCUCGAAAGAGAACGUCCAGCUCGUCGAGAACUCGAGAUGCCUCUCCAUCACACGGUCUCAGUUCGGGCACCCACGUUCAUAUAACCACUAGUGACCAUGCGAGUCCACCAGCUCCACCAUCCCCUCUCUCGCUUGGCGCGUACGCGCAGACAGAGGUCAGGGGAAAGCUUCACGUCGGCUGCUCCGCGAUGGGCGCCACGUCGUACCAGAGGCUAUCGAGCCCUGCCGAUACCCGGCGCCGUGGAGGGGCGUGGACGGUGCUGAGGCGCGGGCUGCUGCGGCUGUGCGCGGCGCGGCGGCAGGGGCGGUGGGUGCACGCGAGGAGGGGCCGCUGCCGGAGGGUGUCGGCGGGGUGCGGGUACGGGUACGACGCGGAAGGGUACGCGCGCAACUUCGACGACGGCGUGUGGAAGGCGGAGGAGGGCGUGUCUUGGAUGACCGCCGAUGUCGUCGGCCGCUGUCCGGUGCUUCUUUGAGCCGGCUCUUGUCGAUUCAUUCACCUGUGCGCUUCGUCGAGUAGCGAAUUGUUAUUGUUUCAGAAUUUUAUUUCGUAGUGUGUUAUAAUACCAGGAAGGUUUUGUUCGUAGGUUGUGAAGAUGAAAGAUUUCUAGCUACAUGCAUGGCCAAGUUCGUUGGAGUUUGUUUGGAAUGGUGAUGAUCCAAGUGAACAUGACAAAAAAAAGAACUUAA